AUGUACGCCAGAGGAUUUGGGUAUAGUAGUCAGACUUACGGCCAUUAUAACCCCCAAUACCACAUUCCCCAGCAAAACUCACCGCACCAUCCGCCUUAUCAGCAGUACAUUUACAACGCGCCCCGCUAUGGAUUUAACACGUUUACCCGUGGCAAUCCAGCUCCGUUCAACCAUAUUGCAACAUCACCCUCGGCGAUCCAUUAUCCAGGAGAAUCGCGCUUACCCGAUCUGGCGAGUCAAAGAAAAAGCUACGAAGCUCAUUGUCAUUACUACUCGCCCUCGCCUCUUCCUCCGCAACCUGCCCUUCAGCCGCCAGAGCCUCCGAUACAGCGAGACAAGGAAACUGAACAUGGCAUACACGAAAGAAACACGAGCACGAAAUUAACUGACAAUUGUUACCCAGGUAAAUAGAAGGAGAUAUAUUUAAUUGCAGUUUGGGCUUAACGCCGUCAGAUUAAGACCUUUGGAAACAGGAUUAGUAAGUGUGUAGAUUCAACACUCUGAUUGCGAUGUAUUACUCAUUAUAUUACAGUUAAGAGUGUAUUAUACCUGCAUUUACUUUCAUUUUGCUUGAUCGAAAUUUGAUGGAAACUCCGUGGAUAUCCACGUCGAUUGGAAGACCUUAAGUGAUCGAUUAAACAAAAGUGAGACACCUUGUAUCAUCCUUUCUCCCUCGGUUUCACCCUUAAGCUUCCCUACUUUAAACCUUUUCCUCAAGCAGGUCAGGAAAGGUCCACCUCUGGGAAAAAAUAAUCUGAUCCUGAAAGGUUUAUAUAGUCGUGGUCGAUUUGUCAAUCUGCAUUUAAGUUCUCAAGCUCUCGGUCUUGUUACUCUUGACGGCCAAAUUAGUUCCAUCUCGAGUUAGCCGCUCUUUCCUGGUGGGAAUUGUUUCUAGCAAUUCAAGAAGGGAAGCAAGAAUAUUUUAUUGUUGUCACAAAAAGCUGCACCUCAAGAUUCCACGUCUCUGCAAACCUAACAUUGUACUAUGUUUUUUUUUUUAUAAAAGUCAUCUUAAUACUCCUAGAGUUGUUUCCAGUUUCGUUUUCGUAGCCAAAGUUAUGAUUUUGUUGGGUGUAAUCAAUCCACAAUGUUUGUUGUUCCCGUUUAUUUAAGUGCCAUGCAUUCAAAACUGUACUAACGAGAUUCAGUGGAGCAAUGACUGACAUAUUACUUAAAAGAUCAAUACAAUUCAAUUAAACCAUCUAGGACUUUGCCUAAAUCCUUCUUAUCUAUCUUUCAGGAUCUGACAGAUCUGCUCAAAAGGCACAAAAAAAAACUUGAUUUUUUUUUUAUUUCGUGUGCCCAAAAUGCGUGGAUGAGUACAUCCAAAGUUUUUUCAGACUUAUAGAAAUCGUCCUUGAACACCAUGCAUUAUCAGCCAGAGUUCAAGAUAAAGAUUUCAGAUUGCUGACCAUUUUAUCAAGACUUCUGUUUUCAGCUGUAGAUUUUCUUUCAAUCAAUUCUUAAAAUUUAAUCAUUGAGCUAUAAAAGGAUCUGACUAGAAUCCGAACAAAAAGUUAUGUUUACCUGUCGAAAAAACAUUUUAAAAACAUUUCUAGUUUCUGGGAACAGCAGGUAGACGAAUUAACUCGCUGUGAAUAGCAGACUGAAGAAACAUUUUCCAUCAAAGAUAACGAACUCGGAUGCUUAAAAAUAUAGAGCAAUACUUUCACUGUCGGCUAUGAAUUUCUAUCAACUCUGCAGAAAUAAAGUGAAUUUGGCAAAAGAAAAAAAAGAUGAGAUUCUCUCUUAUAAAACAAACGGUUCUUCCGGACCAUCAGGUAAAACUGUCACUCCGAAGUUCAGUCACAUACCGUGAUAACAUUUUAAUACUGAAUUAAUGAAGGAUGCAGGUAUUUUUGCAUGUGUUCCGGGGCAAAUCCCUAUCGUGAAAUUAUCGCUUCUUUCAUAUGUAACGGAUUAACUUUUUCAAGGCAAAGAACUAUCUUUGAUCAAAAAACAGAUUUACUGAUAGUCCAAGGAAAACUUGGACUAUUCGAAGUUAAGACCAUAACUGAUUUCACACGCACAUCAACUCGCGCGGUCCAUCACGUAGCCGUUUUACAGGGAAAUAAGUGUCAUAUUGACUGGAUUGGUCACAUUUUCUGCGGAAACAUCAAAGGGAAAACAUCAGUGAGGGACAGCGGGUCACAUUUUAUUGCAUAAACAUUUGGCACAGGAACAUCUGAAAAUUCACUUUUCUACGAAUAGAAAUACAUUGGUACUAUAUGCUAAAAGCAUGUGUCGAAAACACGAUUAAGAUUGUACUAGAUAUACAAUAAUCCGAUUGCUGGCUGAGUUUAUUACUGAUUUUCGAGUACAGGGUACAUCAGAUAAGGUGGAAUACGGAAAUAUAUUCUGAAUAUACAAUGCAAAAGAAUAAACUUGGCUUUGAUUAAAUUUGCUCCAAGCUAUUAUCAAUAAGCUGUCAAGGGAAGUUUUUCUAUGCUAAUACAUGUUGUACGUACAGAAUGAAGUUUUGAGCAAAAUAUAAGCAUUUGAUAGAUGCAUCGUAUAGGAUUAGGAGCAGCAACGAUAAACAACUCACGUUUAUGCAAGCUGGCUUUUUAGAAGGCAGUAGAUUUUGUAAAUCUUUUUAACGUGUGCGUAUUAGAAACAAUAUUUCUUGGGUUCUUUGAUUUAAAAACAGUUCGAAACAAAAUUUCAGGCCAGCAGAGGAGAAAAAACAAUUGUCAACAGCAUUUCAUGGUGAAAUAAACUUGGGUGGAUAAUUUCCUUCAAGCAUAUUGACCAAAAGGCGAAACACGCGUUAAAGAAGCCACUGUCUCUUCGAGAAUUUGUUUGUUUGUUUGUUUGUUUUUUACCUUCAAGGUUUGCUUGAACUGAUUAAUGGUUCAGUCAUGUCUAAACCAUGGAUGUAGGGUCUGAGUUCAUGCGAUUAUAUUGACAAAUGAACGAGGACUACAUUUGCCGACAAAGCAACUGAAUUACUACCAUCUGCUGGUAUCUAAACUUGCCUGCAAGGUAGAUAUUGAUGUUUUUUCCAUGAAAUGUUUCAUUAAGUACGUGCUCAAUUAGCUAACUUCAGAAGUGCUUUUUAUGUUAACGACCAAUAGGACUUCUUUAAAGCCUUUUAACGAAGCUCCUUUAUGAGUCAGCGAGCCUCGAGUACCCGAUGUCGUAAUGUUCUUUAUCAAUUUGUUUCUUUCUAUUCCAUUUUUUUAUCGUUUAAAGGAUGACCUCGUGAAAUGUGAACCAUAUGUCUGGUAGAAACCUACAAAUAGAAAUGACUGGAACAGGAAAGUCAGUGGUUGAAACAGAUGUGGGGAAUUCUGCUAUCUCUUAAUUCGUUUGACCUCCUCCUCUGUUCGACCUUGAAGUUCGUUAGAUCUAUUAUGAUUUCGAGGUUUCUCACUUGACACUGUCCGCAAUCAACCCUCGAAGUUUGGAGCAUCUCUGAUGCUUAUCGUAGUAUUGUUUGGUUACAAAACAAAGCAUUUUCAUUUAAAAUUUCAUUUUUAGAGCAUCUUUCGCAUCUCACAGCUCGCCAAAAUUUCUGUCGCAACGAGCUGAAUUCAUAACGACUCUAACAAUAAGCUUAUGUGAAUCUAAACUUCAUCGUAAUUUUUGAAAAAAUAUCAGUAACUCACUUUCAUUAUGCUGUGCGGCGGAGACUCGUAGCAACUACACUUCGAUCGAGUUAUAUCUUUCUCGGGCUGAAUCACACCGGUCCACAGUUCAAAUGGUUGUUUUGAACUGACAAAUUUUAUAUUAGCGCUCACUGAUGCAACGGCAACUAAAAAACUUCGGCGUUAAUCUUCACAAAAUCCACAGCACCAACAACAUCUAAAUUCCCCCCUCUCUAGAACAAUGUUAUGUCAAAGACUAUGAAAUUCUCUUCUCGCAUAUAUGUAUAUACAUAUAUAUGUAUAUAUAGUUUUAUCUAUUCAAACUAAUUUCCACCAAGGUGGUUAGUAUGUUCGGAUAGCGUCUUGUUUGAUGAGCUAUAUUCAGUGAUAUGUUGAUGUGUUGAACUGUUCUCCUUUUGAUGAGUUUCAUUUAAUUUUUUUUUAUAGGGAGGUUGAUAUGGUAAUUAAUUACAUCGUUGCUGUCAAAUUUGUUGUUAUCCUGCUCAUUCUGUAAUUUUUGCACUGUUGUUGUUGUUAUUGUUGUACAUGGGGUUAUUAUUACUCCUCCUCUUUCUUUUUACAAUUUAUGUCGUUGUUGUUGUUUUUUUCUUCUUCUCCUUCUCCUUUUUAUUUACAACUCAUCAUGACUUUAAAUCAGCAGAUUAAACUUUCAAAAGUGAUGGAAAUGUUUUCUUUUCUUUCCAAUACCAUUAAAAGAUACCGGGAUGUGGAAAACUUUUCAGUAAAGGAAUUUGUCUUAAUAUAAUACCAAAUUUUCUGACCUGGCCCCUGUUGUUCGAUAACGCUAUUUACUGGAUAAAUUUCUGUUUUGGCGGAGACCGCACUAUGUUCUGUUAACGCUACCUGCCGGAGAAUGAGUUAUCCGUAGAAUAGCGUUAUUCGCGGUGCGAACAACUGAGCUCUGAUCUUCUAGAAUAUUUGUAGGAGUCAAAGUGUAGAACAGUACUUGAAUGAUGUUGGGAAUAAAUGGCUUAAAUUGACGCGUGUACUGUCUCCACAGUCGAUGAAGUCGACGAGGACGAAGACGAUGAAGAAGAAAAAACAGAGAAACCAAAAGGAAAAAAGAGAAAAGAGAGAACAGCUUUUACCACACAUCAGCUACGUGAACUAGAAAACGAGUUUACUCGAAACAAUUAUCUCACGAGACUGCGACGAUAUGAAAUCGCUGUUACCUUGGACUUAUCAGAGAGACAAGUGAAGGUCUGGUUUCAAAACAGACGAAUGAAGUGGAAAAGAGUUAAAGGCGAAAAGAAACCCGAGAAAAAAUCUCCUUUCCAGAUAAUGCAACAGGAAAAAGAAAGGCUGCAGCAGGAAUCCUGUACGUAACCAAGGAACGUAAAUAACUACGAAGAGGGAGGUCAUGGUGUUUUUAUGACCCCCCUCCCUCCCGACCCCUUACUAGUUUUCGUCAAGGGAAAGUUAUCAUUUCAAAUAACGAAAAGUAGAGAAAAUGCAGAUGUCUACCCGCCUUCAGCUGCCAAAAAGACACUAUGAUAGGACCCCAUACUAGAGCAUCUCUGCUACCCAUUCCCCACUAGUAACCUGGCCUACUUUUCAACUGUCUCGCAACUUUUAAAGUGUAAAAAGAAAGAACAACUGAAUAUUGACAGAUUUCUGAUAUUUGUUUUAAGCAUUUUGUCCAAAAUUAAGACAAGAAUAUUAUAUGAAUUUUUUCCCGCACGUAAGCUAAGUUAUCUAUUUUGUCUUCAAAGCAAAACGUAAUAGGUAUGCUCGUGUGGAGAACAAAAAAAACGUAAGUUAAUAUUCUUUACCUGUAAAUAAACCUUAGUGUCAUUUUGUCCAAUUUUGCAUUAUCAUCUUGGUGUGAAAAAUAUAAUGAAAAAUAGACCAAGAACGAACAACUGUUAAACUUAAAGAGGAACUUGACAUGAGAAAUUCAAAUAAAACUCAACUUCAC